UCCAUUAAAUAACCUUUACAUCAACGCGUGUAUUAAUAUAAAUAUACGUAACUCAAACCAUUUCAGACAAGAGAGAGAGAGAGAAACCGCAUUAUUAAGAAAACGAAUCUUUUGAGUUUAAACCCUUUUCUUUCACUUGCCGGAGAAAACGACGGAGCGAUGGAAAGAUCAACACCGGAACAUGUCACCUCCGCACACAAGCGCCUAAGCAUGAACUUCCUCGUCUCUCUCAUGGUACUUUGUGCUAGACACGCAAGCCGAGUCUCCAAGAAGCUUAAACCCAAGAUGACUCGGAAGCAAACUUAUCUCGAAGACUAUCUCGAAACCCCUAAGGCUAACGGGAAGGGUGGCGAAGUAGGCGGAGGAGGAGGAAGGUUUGGAUGGAGUCCCGCAAGGUCUUUCUCACCGAUGAGGGCGCGUUCGAAGGAGCUCAUGACGACCUUGAGCAACAAGGCGAUGACUAUGGUUGGUCGGAAAAAUAAACCUUACGACGGUGGUGCUGUGAAGAAGACACCAGUGGAGAUGGUGAUGGAGGAGGAUGAGGAGGAGUACGGCGUUUGGCAGAGGGAGAUUUUGAUGGGAGGAAAAUGUGAGCCGUUGGAUUACUCCGGCGUGAUAUACUACGAUUGUAGUGGACAUCAGCUAAAAGAAGUGCCUCCAAGGUCGCCACGUGCUAGUUUGGUCCCGGAACGCCCUACCCGUUCUUAUGUCGGGUCACUAUUAAACCCGACGGGAAAAGAAAUUUAAAGUUUAGUUUUGAGGAUUUGAUUGUUACAAUUUGCGGUGUUAUCAAGUUAAUGGUAAGUUCUCUCUAGGAUCUUUGGUACAAUCCCUUGUUAUUGGUAGAUGCAUGACAUGUUUUAUGCAUAUAGUUGUGUGAUUUAAAUUUAUGUAUUUAUUACGCUUGGCAAAUUUACAAGUUGAGUAUAGAUUUGAAAAAAGAUCCAAUAUACUAAUAAAUAAGUUUUCCAUA